AUAUAAAAACAAGCGAAUGUUACUCUAGUUUUGUGGUUUAUCAGUGAAGUGGAAGAACUACACUGCAGACUGGAGUCUCUGUUAACAGUGACAGACAGACGUUGAUCGUCUCCUCUAUGAAAAUCUAUGAUGAUUGAACUAUGAUGAACUGAUCGUGGGUCACAUUCCUCUCAUGUAGAGGCGCUGGAAACCCCUUGGACUUUUCCUAACCAGGAAGCAAUCGUGACUGAAAACAACUCAGCUGCAACUCAGUCUUAAACCCGCACGUCUUUAUCAAAACAAGAUGAAAAAGUUAUUUUUGUUGCUUCUCUGCUGUCACGUUUCAUCAGCAGUGAAACACUCCCUGAAGUUUUUCUUAACUGCAUCUUCUGGAGUCCCAGACUUCCCAGAGUUUGUAGCAGUUGCAGUGGUUGAUGGUAUUUUGGCGGCUUACUGCGACAACAUCAUCAAGAAAGUAGAACCAAAACAGGACUGGGGGAAACAAACAUUAGAAAACGACCCUCAGCAGUUGGAGUUUUACAACAGACAGUUUUUUGAGAGACUGCCGAGCCGCUUCAAAGCUGAGAUUUAUAAUUUAAAGCAGCGCUUCAAUCAAAGUGGAGGUGUCCACAUUUUACAGGAGAUGAGUGGCUGUGAGUGGGAUGAUGAAAGUGGAGAGUUUAAUGGUUUUAUGCAGUAUGGUUACGAUGGAGAAGACUUCAUGGUAUUCGACCUGAAGACAUUGACUUGGAUUGCUCCGAAACAACAGGCUGUCACCACCAAAUUGAGAUGGGAUACUUUGAAAGCUGCGAUAAAACACAUUGAGGAUAUCCUCAUUCAGAUGUGUCCUGCGUGGUUGAAGACGUAUGUGUCCUAUGGCAAGAGCUCUCUGCUGAGAACAGAGCUUCCCUCAGUGUCUCUCCUCCAGAAGACUCCCUCCUCUCCAGUCAGCUGCCACGCUACAGGUUUCUACCCUGACAGAGCCAUGAUGUUCUGGAGGAAAGAUGGAGAGGAGAUUCAUGAGGACGUGGACCUCGGAGAGAUCCUCCCCAACAACGAUGGAUCCUUCCAGAUGAGUGUUGACCUGAAUCUUUCAUCAGUCACACCUGAAGACUGGAGAAGGUACGACUGUGUGUUUCAUCUCUCAGGCGUGAAGGACGACAUCAUCACCAAACUGGACAAAGCAAAGAUCAGAACCAACUGGAAGGAGCCCAGUGACAUGACCUUCCCCAUCAUUGCUGCAGUGGUAGUUCUUGGUCUCGUCCUCAUCGCUGCUGCUGGAUUCAUUGCUUUCAAAAGGAAAAAAGCUCCUGACAACAGCUCUGAGCUCUCAAAGAAAGUGAAUCCAGAAGCCCAAAUGACACAAACAAGCAGUAAAUUGCUAUGACAUACUCUACGUGUUCAUGAGUAUUUUUGGUACUCUGGAGUUUGAUUUUUAUGAACAAUUCUUUAUAUAUUAUUUAUAUUUUUUUUAACAAUGAGAAACAUAAGCAAUGUAUUGUAUAUUGCAUUAUUUGAGUGUUUACAUAACUGUGUGUGUGAUUCACAUGUAAUGUUUUUUUCCCUUAUAUUGUCAUCCAUGCUGCGAAACUGAAUCCAAAGACAUGACUGAACACACUGAAUGCGUUGCCUCAUAUGACAUGUGACAUAUUAUAUAAUUAAAUUAAUAUUUUAUUUAUAUACUACAAUUUAUUACAGAGGUAGUAUCAUUUCACUUUUCAUAUAGAGCAAGUCUAGACAGUGCUGUUUGUAGGGGCAACUGCUCUUUUUCAGCAGUUGCCCCCAAACUGUGGAAUGACCUACCUCCUUACAUUAAAGUGGCGCCCACACACCUUUAAAUCUAGUUUAAAAACACAUUUUUAUUCCCUGGCUUUUAACUCACCAUGAGAGCUGCUGUGGCCUUCGUUGUCGCUGUCAUUGUUGAUGUUAUUUGUUUUGUUUUGUUUUUAUUUAUCAUGAACAUAUUUUUUUUCAUCUCUGUAAAGCACUUUGGUAACUUUGUUGUUUUUUAAAUUGUGCUAUACAAAUAAAGUGGAUUGGAUUGAUUAUUAUUCACAGAAACCAGCAACUCCCACCAUGAGCAAGCAUUUACAGUA